AUGAAGAUAAACGGAGGUACUGAAUCCACUCCGCAAGGACCUGGAUCGACAAAGCGCAGCAUACCUCUGCAACAAGAAAGCACAGAUGUCACUGUCAUCAUGGAUUGUGACUUUGAUGAUCUCAUGAACGACAAGGAGAUCGUAUCGCUAAGUAAUCAAAUAACUAGAUGUUACUCUGCGAUGAGACAUUCAACGCAUAAAUUAGAACUCACGAUUUCAUCUUUUAACAGAAGAUUAAGGGAACGUUUCGAAGGCUCUCUACCUGACUAUGCAAAAUGGAGGGAUAUUGAGUUUAUGACCAAUACUUCCCUAGAUGAAAUAAUCCCAAAUGAGUCUGGUAAGCGUUCGCAAUAUGUGUACUUAACUGCCGACACUGAUGAAGAGCUUACCGAACUCCAAUCUGGUGUCAAAUACAUUGUUGGUGGAAUUGUCGACAAGAACAGACACAAAAAGCUUUGUCUUGAGAAAGCCGAAAAGUUGGGUAUCAAAGCUGCAAGGUUACCGAUAGGAAAGUAUAUUCAUUUGAAUGGAAGACAAGUUUUAGCAACGUCGCAUGUUUUCGAGAUUAUGUGUAUGUGGUUUGAAAAAGGAGGAAACUGGGAGGAAGCGUUCAACACAGUGCUUCCUCCUCGAAAGCUCAAUUUCACUUGCGAGAAUCGAUUGGUUGAGACAACCGAUCCAAAAGUCGAAGUAGCUGAUGAGCCAGAAAAGUGA